AUGGCGGUUUUGAUAGAUCAAGGCCUUCGUCCGUAUUUGUUGAGUCUGGACAAGGCAGAUCAGUCUCGUAUUCUUUAUUCUGGAAAAGCUCCUGUCGCUUUGAAAGGCUACAGUUAUGCUGUUGUUGAUACAGAUACGGGCUCGAUUAUUGAAAGAGAACCUUUUACAAGAAACCCUAUUAACAUGGAUACUCUGAAUGAAUUUUAUAGUCGUACGUGGAAUACAUUUUCUAUUUCUCGUUUACCGUCCCUGUUUUCAAAACUGCAAUCCAUCAACCAGAUAGAUAGUGAUCUGCAUCAAUAUGACCAGAUACCUACACUUCAUUUAUUUGGAGAAGAAACAGACGUUAACAAGAUGCAUAACAACAUUUCAUCCGACAUAGAAAUUUCUUUGGGACUCACAUAUAUUGGAGUGAAGGACGUCAAGAACUUUGGACAUGUUAAAGUCAAAAUCAGCGGCCGUGGCACAAGAUACUCAACAACAAAACCCUCUUAUAAGAUCAAACUAGCAAAAACAGACAAUCUGUAUGGCAAUCGCGCCAUAAAGCUUCGCUCUCUUCAGACUGACCCUUCUUUUGUCAGAGAAAAAUUGUAUUAUGACUUGCUUGAGUCGGUAGGACUUGCUUCUAUUCAAUCCUCGUAUGUGAGAGUAUUUAUCAACAAUAAAUCCUAUGGUCUAUUUGGGCUUCAAGACAUUCCUAACGAAACGUGGAUUGAUAACAAGUUUCAUCAUGGAAGUCACCAGAAUAACAUUGUUUUCUACGGUGGAACAUGCAAUGCAACAUUGGAUUAUCUAGGAGAAAACGAAUCGGCGUAUCAAGAAAUUAAGUGCAAGCCAUUCUAUGAUCCAGUAUAUAAGAUCAAGUCGAAAGGGUCUCGUAGUUUUGUUAAAUUGAUAGAUUUUACAAGGUUUAUUGAUCAAAUGUCAGCAAACAGCACGGCCGCUUCUUGGAACAAGUAUAUGGAUAUAGAGAGCUUUAUCAGAAGUGUAUCGUUAGAAGUAGUAUUGGGAAAUGCUGAUGGUUAUUUGCUGUCAGCACACAACUUUUUGCUUUAUUCCAAUCCAAAACAACAUGGUCAGUUCAUUUUUAUACCUCAAGACGCAGACAUGUCACUUGGAAGAACAUUUACCAUUUCCGCAGUUGAUCUGCUCAAAUGGUUUGAUUUGAAGUAUUUAAUCGAAAGAAUCUCGUUUCCGUUGUUCCGUAAGAUUAUGGUUGUGUCUGAACUUAGGGAACUGUUUCUGCAAACAACUAUAAAAAUUGCUCGUGCUGUCAGUAGUGCCUCGUUUAUGAAUUAUGUAGAUAGCAUCGCUGAAAUGAUUAGCCAAGAUGUCAAUUGGGACUUGACAAUUCCUCGAAAUUAUACAGGAGGCUAUCCAACAGAUAUCAGACAUAUGAAUGAUGCUGGCUUAUUUCAGGAGUCACUAAAAGUAGCACUCCCCUUAGACUUGAUCAAAGACUAUUAUGCAAGCAUAAUACACCCUGUUUCGUUCAAGACAGCUAUCGAUGAGCCUAUCUACAAUCAUUUGACACUGAUAGGAGUCAAACAAUGGAUCAAAGAGUCGAGCAAUAGUAUUAUGAGUUUCAGUAAAACACUAUGA